AUGGUGCAGUGCGCCCCCGCCGGCGCCGGGGACGCGGCGGAGACGUACGUCGCAAUGGCAGUGCCGCUCCUGCACAUGCUGCAGCAGCGGCAGACGGCGCAGGCCGCGGUGGUGGCGGACGAGAUGCGGCGGCGGUGGGGGGAGCAGGCGGGGCCGGCGACCGAGUUGCUGAGGCUCCUGCGGCCCCACGCCACCGCGCGGCAGGAGCCACCGGAGGAGGAGGAGGACGGCCCUGCAAGCAGCACCUCCGCCGGCGACGGCGGCAGUGACAGUGACGGCAGCAGCAGCGACGAGGAGGAGGAAGACGAGGAUGCGGAGGGCGAUGCCGCUGUCGAGAGCGGGGACGUGAUGCAGACACUGCGGCAAAUUAUUGAGCGGCUCCCGCCCCGCGACGCCGCGGGAUCGCCAGCAACCGCGAGGGCCACGGCACCGGCGGAGCUGGCGGAGGAGACCGAAACUGAGGAGGAGAAGCGCAUCUUCAGAGACAUCGCUGGGGCCGUGGAGCGUGAGAUGAAGCGGCUGGCGGUUAUACGAAAGCACCGCUGA